GCAGCCCGUUCCCGGCGGGAGGUUGUUGGAACAGCCUUGUCUCCGGCGGGAGGCUGUUGUAAGAGCCGUGGUGUAAUGGCGGAGUAAUGGCGGCGAGUCUGGAGCUAGUGGGCUGGGUGCUGCUGCUGUUCUCGGCUUCUUGGGCCGCCACAGCCGAAGUAUCAGCCAUGGCAGGUAACAGUAGCACGCCUGAGGAGGGUUUCCUGUGCGAGUGUGACCGAGACUCCUGCCAGGGCGACAUCGUCUGCCGAGCCCAGCAGAAAUGUUACUCCGCAAUCGUCUACGGAGAGCUGAAAAAGGGCUGUUUUGGACAAGAGGAGCAGUCGCGGAUGUCGUGUAACACACCCGACCAACCUACAGUCAACGUUGUGUGCUGCGACUACGAAAUGUGCAACAAAAACAUCACCCCAACACUCCGAACAGACUCAGACCCGACGUUUGCGGUGGAUAACGAGCUGACCCAGCUGGUGAUCUACGCCGUCAGCCCGAUCGGAGCUCUGAUCAUCCUGGCAGCAGCCGCCAUCCUCAUCGCUCGCUUCAUGCACAAGCGCCGGCUGCAACGGUACCAGCGCGAUGUAGAGAGAGGGGGUGUGCACGUGGGAGACAUGCACGCGUACCCCGCCGGCGACAACACGCUACAGGACCUCGUGGACCAAUCGUCAGGCAGCGGCUCGGGGCUGCCCUUCUUGGUGCAACGAACCGUGGCACGACAGAUCACGCUCGUGGAACAGAUAGGAAAGGGCAGGUAUGGCGAGGUGUGGAGAGGGCAGUGGCAGGGCGAAAACGUCGCCGUGAAAAUUUUCAACUCCCGCGACGAGAAGUCAUGGUUCCGAGAGACGGAGAUCUACAACACGGUCCUCCUCCGCCACGAGAACAUUCUGGGCUUCAUCGCGUCCGACAUGACGUCGCGAAACUCGUGCACGCAGCUCUGGCUCAUCACGCACUACCACGAGUACGGAUCCCUGUACGACUUCCUGCAGCGCACAACGCUCGACGCACACCGCAUGAUGAAGCUUGCCUGUUCCAUCGCGGGAGGGUUGGUUCAUCUACAUGUGGAGAUUUUCGGCACGCAGGGUAAGCCCGCCAUCGCCCACCGCGACCUCAAGAGCAAGAACAUCCUGGUGAAAAGCAACGGCCAGUGCUGCAUCGCUGACUUGGGUCUGGCCGUGAUGCACUCCCAGGCAACGGACACGCUGGACCUGGGCUCGAACCCGCGGGUCGGCACCAAGCGCUACAUGGCCCCGGAACUGCUGGAGGAGAUCAUGAACUACGAGUGCUUCGACUCGUACAAGAGGGUCGACGUGUACGCGUUGGGACUGGUGUUAUGGGAGGUCGCUCGGCGGUGCACAUCUGGGGGGAUAGCAGAGGAGUACAAGCCGCCCUACUAUGACGUCGUUCCGAGCGACCCGAGUUACGAGGACAUGAGGAAGGUCGUCGUCGAGGGACAACAGAGACCCAGCAUUCCAAACAGAUGGUCCAGCGACCAGACAUUAACAGCGAUGGCGAAGUUGAUGCGGGAGUGUUGGUACCACAACCCGGCGGCCCGGCUCACGGCACUGCGGGUCAAGAAGACGCUUAACAAGCUGCAGGCCUCGCUGGAGAAGAUGAAGGAGCUGAAACAGGACGUGUGAUUGUCGUCCAGUUUACGUACCGUUUCCCUGAGGUGUAGCUGGUGAAGAUUGAUGAUAGUCUGUACAUACGUCUGAGCUUUGUAUGGCACAGCACAGCAAGGCUGUGCAGAAACAAGAAUAACCCUUCCGGAGCAGAACCCCACAUUUCCCAUGUUGUAACGAGAACUCCUCUUACCCUCCGCUGCUCUCUGUGUUUGAAUGAAGAAUGAAAAUUCCAGAAAUCCUGGGCUCAGUUGGGUCAACAAAAACUGGGUUACCAGAAACCCAGCUGGGUCACUAGAAACCUACACCCAGCAGGGUUCCCAGAAACCCAGCUGGGUCACUAGAACCCUACACCCAGCAGGGUUACCAGAAACCCAGCUAGGUCACUGAAAAGCCUGGGUUGAGCUGGGUUACCAGAAACUCAACUGGGUCAGAAAAAAGCCUGGGUUAAGCUGGGUUUCCAGAAACCCAGGUGGGUCUCUAGAACCCAGGUCACCAGAAACCCAGCUGGGUAAAUGCCAAUGUGUAGUUGGAGCUGCGCAAGUGAACAUGUACUGUUCUGAGUGGUGCUGUGGCCUUAGCAUCUUUGUUUAUUGAAAUAAGCAGCAACACAAAUAACCCUUCUGUCUGCAGUAGUUAGAAGAGGGCAUUUCAGGGUGGGGUUGCUGUCCAGGGUGGGGGGGGGGGUUGUUGGGGUUGCUUUGCCCUAGCCUUUGUAACUGUGGAUGUGUAUAACCGCUACAACGAUACCUGCAUUAUACUGUGUAUGUACUUUAACAUAUCUAACUAGGGACCGUCGGAACAACGAUGUAGAAAAAAAAA